AUGCGAGUCAGUGACAUCUUCACAGGAAGAGAAGAACUUGCUCGUGAACUACAAUCUAGAAUACUUCCACCGGCUGACGCCCAAACUCCGUCAAAACAAAAAAGAUAUGUUUUACAUGGUUUAGGGGGCUCUGGAAAGACACAAUUCUGCCUGAAGUUUGCGAACGACAACAAGAAUAAAUUCUGGGGAGUCUUCUGGAUCGAUGCCAGUAGUGCGGAAACCGCUGAACGUGCCUUUGCAGAAAUAGGCAUCAUGGGAAAUCUGGAGGCUAGGCCAGAAGCAGGUUUAUCCUGGCUGACUAGACAAGAAUUGCCGUGGUUGCUGGUGAUAGAUAAUGCUGACGACAUUCGGUUCAAUUAUGCCAACUACUUCCCUUCUGGAGAGCGCGGCCAUAUUCUUCUUACUAGUCGAAACCCGGAAUGUAAAGUACAUGCAACUAUUGGAUCUAAAGAAUUUAGAGAUCUCGAAACCGAGGAUGCUAUCACUUUAUUAUUGAAAGCAAUCUCGAACGAUGACGAAGUCUAUGUCAAAGAAAAGAGGAGUUCAGCUCUCCCCGUGGUCAAAGCCCUUGGAUGCCUCCCACUGGCUUUAUCCCAGGCUGGCGCCGCUAUCCGUCAGAAAUUUUACGCUUUAGAAGAGUAUCUCGAUAUUUUUAGCUCUUACAAACGUUCAAUUUUCUCGAAAGGGUAUUCACAAGACACGGAUUACAAGCACACUAUUUACACAACAUAUGAGGUCUCUUUAGACAAGAUUAAGCUUCUCCACUCGAAUGCACAAACGGCUGUAGAUGCAGUCGAGAUACUCCACGUUUUGGCUUUUUGUCAUUUCGAUGAAAUACCAUUCUCAGUCUUCGAGAGAGCAUGGACCAAUAUGCAUCCAAACCAGGACACAAUAUCCCCUGUUUCUUUCUCAGAAACCUUCCUAAAUCCUAUGGAACAUGUCUUCUCAUUUCUGAGGACAUAUCAUACAAUUUUUUCAGCAAUCGGCUAUAGCGGGCUUCCAUCAAUUUUCGCGCAGCGAAGGUGGGAUAAAAUGCGCUUGCGAAACGCCUUCAGUCUUCUACUGCACCAUUCACUGAUAUCUCAAAAUGCCUCAGGCGCUACGUGGUCAAUGCAUCCCAUGGUGCAACUCUGGGCUCGACAGAGGCUUUCACCGAAGGCUCAAGGCACUUGGAUCGUCAUCACCGCCCGUAUUUUAGCUGCUGCUGUCAAUCCGAGACCUGUUACCACAGAAGAAGAGACAUCCUUUAGAAACUCCUUGAUUCCUCAUAUCGAUUCAUGUCUUCGAGCUGAUCCCGAUGACUUUCGCCGGGGAUUUCAAUUCUCUCAAGAGAAUCUCAGUGAUUUCAUGAAGUUCGCCACAGUGUACAUUGCAGGUGGGCGCUGGAAAAAUGCAAUCGAGAUACAGGAGCUUAUGGUUCAUCAGUACAAACGCAGGUUGGGAAUUGAUGAUUGCGUAACGCUCGAUGCAAUGGCAGAACUUGCUCAGACUUACUGGAACUCCAGCCAGUUACAUGAAACCAUGGAAGUUCAAACAACGGUCCUAUCUAUCAGUUUGAAAAGACUAGGUUCUUACGAUCCUCGAACUUUGAAAGCGAUGGACAGUCUCGGCCGCACAUUUUGGCUUAUUGGAGACAGGCCAAAAGCAGCCAGUCUAGGAAAGGAGUCAAUGGAAGGAUUAACGAAAAUUCUUGGACGAGAUCAUCCCUUCACAGUCAAUGCGAUGCACAACUAUGCCAGAGCACUUGCGCACCUCGGCCACCACCAACAGGCCAAAGUCAUGCAGUUAGAGGUUCUAGCGAUAAGAUUCAACCGCAGAGGUUCAAAAGACCCUGAUACCUUGGAGGCGAUGCAAGAACUAGGAGUCUCGCAUUUAGCACUAGGGGAAGUGGAUGAAGCGGAACGUCUGAUUUCAAAUGUUUUGGCCGUUCGAAAGCAGAUGCUUGGUGAAGAACACGCAUACACGUUGUGGACUAUAAAUGACCUUGCAAAGGUCCGCAUAGCGCAGGGUCGUUCUGCGGAUGCUAUUGAGAUCCUCAAAGAAACGCUAGAGAUAGCUACUCGAACCUUAGGUGCAGAUCAUAUUGGUACCUUAAUGACAACUCACAAUUUAGCUCGUGCUUAUUCUCGCCUGGAGCUUUGGACAGAUGCCGAGACUCUUUUUCUCCGGCUAAUUGAGGCUCAAGUCAGGAAUCUCAAAGCUGAUCAUCCGGAUAUCUUAUAUGCCAAACUUGAUUUAGCAUCGGUCUACUUUGCGCAGAAUCUAAUGGAGAAGGCCGAGUCUUUGGUUCUAGCAGUCUUUCUAGCGCAGAAAGGCACACUAGAGGAAAACAGUCCGAUUCUUCUGAAAACAAAAGAGCGACUGAAACAAAUUUAUCUCAUCCGUGGCAGACUUGAGGAAAUGAAGGCUCUUGACAGGGUCGAACUAGACGACAGGCCCCCUGCGACUGGCGGAGUAAGCGACGAAACUCCUGAAGAACACCAGAAGUCUUCCAGACGGUCCUUUACCUUCUGA